AUGGCUAGUUGUGGUGCGGAUUGUCGGGUUGUGAUUCAGAAAGAAAAUCCGCAGACUCGGGUUUGGGAAGUGUUGUAUGUGGAUGACCAGAAUACGUCAGUAAUAAGAUCUGUAUCGUUUACCAAUUCGCCGGGGAGUCCGCCAUCGGAUCAGUAUCAGAUGAGUGCUUUGCGGCCUACGAGUGGGGUAGGAUUACAUUUGGCGGCGGCUUGUUUGGAUGGGACGGUGGUUGUGCUUUCUCUACAAGCCGAUCACAACUGGAAGAAGAUGACAUUCCAGGCCCAUCUUGGUGCUGCAUAUGUAGCUCGUUGGAGUGGGCUAGAAUAUGGACAAGCAAGUGAUGAUCUGAUGAACCCCGGUCGCCGACUAGCUUCGGGUGGUCAAGAUGGAGAAGUACAUGUGUACAUAUACGACGGUAAUACAUACAUCUUAGAACAGGCACUUCAAGGACACAAAAGGCCUAUUGUUGACAUAGCAUGGAUGCCCCCCAACGAUACCAGAGAGGAACGGAUCGCCUCUCUAGGAGAUGAUGGUACUACCAUCAUCUGGACCAAACCACACAAUGGACACUGGUCGAAGGCACAAAUGAAACCUAAAGCGGCACCAGGCUCCCAUCAUCUAGGCUGGAGCUUUGAUGGUUCUUGUAUCGCCCUCAGUCUCAAAGAUGGUCAACCACCUUUAAAACUACUAUAA